UUGCUGUUGGCAAAGAAUGCUCGAGGGCAGUUCCAGUUCGAGAUCCCCGCCGAGAUGUUGCAAGGGAUGAUGGGAGGUGGUAUGAUGGGCGGUGGUGGACGCAAAGGAGCUGAGUGGCCCAAAACCGAGAACUCUGAAAUCUCAGCCGAGUUUGAGUGGCUGGUGAACACCGAGUGGGAAGGGAAGACCUCCAAGUACCUGCUUCUACGGGACGGCUUCGUCGAGUCUCCUUUGAAGGAGUGCGAGCCUGAGGGUCAUUGUCUAUGGGCGGCCAACAAUGGCCGUGUCCUGAUUAACACGCCGAAGCUCAAGGUGGUGAAAUUCACCAUUGAGGGCUUAGAGCAAGUGGAUCGGAAGAAGCUGGACAACAAGGAGGAAUCUGAACUCCAGAAGGUCUCCUUAGUGAUGGAGAAGCCAAGUAAGAGCACGGGAAAGAAAGGCAAGCUUGACUUCAAGCGAGUCGCCAUGGCCGACGAGCAGGAGAGCAUGAUCAGCGCAGACCUCUACAAGAUCUUGGAUGUCGCAGAAGAUGCAGAGCAAAGUGCCAUUAAGAGCAAGUAUCGUCGCCUCUCAGUGCAGUAUCACCCAGACAAAGGUGGGGAUCCAAAAGUCUUCAACGACAUCCGGGAAGCCUAUGAGGUCCUGGGUGAUCCUGAAAAGCGACGGCAAUACAAUCUGGGUGGGAUGCAGCUGGUGAAGAACGUGGAGAUAGCUUGGAAGGAGGUGGAAGGGCAAAAGGCGCAGCUAGAUGCGCAGCUCAACCAGGUGCCAAAGAAUCAUCCACAGUACCAGAUGUUCAAACAGCAGAUUGAGCAGCAAAAGCGGCAGUUUGACAAGGCAAACGUGGAGAGUAAGAUCCAACAGAAGCUGCAGAGUGAGGAGUUAGAGGUCCUGGUGCCCAUCUCAGCCUCCGAACUCUACAACGGCGUGGAGAAGAAGAUCUUCGUCUUUCAAAGGUCGAUGAUUUGUAGAGGCUGCAAAGAAGACCCGACGAGGCCGGAAUGCCAAGAUUGUGGUCGUUGCCCUCCGGAGAAGGUCCAGGUGCCGAAGUAUGGCAUGACACCCUUCGGGCGGCAGGUCGUCGGCAUGAGGGAAAAGGAGCAGGAAAGCCGGGAACGAUGCCACGAAGUGGGGGUCGAGGUGGCCGUGCGUGUGGCCAAAGGUGCCAAGCAAGGCUCGUCUCUCAAGGUGCUCCCCAACAUGGGGCACCAGACACCGGGCAAGUUCCCUGGCAAGGUGAACUUCAAGGUUCAGCGAGGAAGCAAAGAGGAUAGCUACCGGAUUGCUGAGUCGGAUUUGCACACGGUGCUCCACAUCUCCUUAGAACAGGCCAUCUUUGGCUUUUCGAUCUCUUGGAGACACCUAGGUCAAGAGACUGUACCUUGAGCUGGCAGAUUGGUCGGUGGGAUGCUGGAGGGGCCUUUUUUACAGGGGCUUCAUGUGGCCAUUAGAAACAGCCACACAAUCCC